AUGCGCCAUCCGCGGUCAGAACUUGAACGUAAACAUUAGUACACUAGCAAUAAUAUUGUCUUUUUAGCAACAAGAUGGGAACGUAAACAACUGAAAUGAAGUGCAUACUACUCAGAGAAUACUCCGGUUACAAUAUAACUAAAACAAUUACGUUGAAUACCCGUAGACAUGUAAUGAACAGUAGUGAAACUUUAGCCUUCAAAUAGAUAAAAAAAAUCUUGAAAGAUGGCAGGAAGAAAUAUUGCUCCUGGAAAAAGGCGUAAAAGAAAUCAACCACCGCCAGUAUAUAAUGGUGUUAGUAGUUCAUAUGAAGACAAGGACAACGAUUUUGUUUGUCCGAUAUGCUUUGAGAUGAUGGAAGAGGCUUAUAUGACAAAGUGUGGUCACAGCUUUUGCCACAAAUGUAUUAAACUGAGUUUGGAGCAAAAUAACCGUUGCCCAAAAUGUAACUUCAAUGUAGAGAAGUCGGACCAAAUAUUCCCAAAUUUUGCACUCACAGAACUAAUACUGAAACAUCGACAAAGAAAUGCAGAGAAAAAAAUUAAUAUUCAACCACAUUUACAACAAAAUGGUAGCAUACUGCCAGACUUAAGUGACGGUAUAGACUUGAACAGUGUUGACCACAUGCUUGAACUGCUUAUACAGAAAAAACAACAGCUAGAAGAGGAUACAACUGCGAUACAUAAUCAAAUAAUGAAAGAAUUCCUGCAGCAAGUCAGACUGAAGAAAAAAGCACAACUUGAAGACUUACAAAGAGACAUGGAAAUAAUUGACACAGAUCUCCGUAAAGUUGAGUCGUACAUAGCUGAACAACGGAGAGCUAAUCCACACUUAGACCUACAUUUACCUAAUGGAAUAGAGCCCUCCCUCAGUGGGGGUGUUGGCACAGACCAGGGCCAAACUGGAUUCAAUGGCAGCAAAACAGUUGGAAGGCAAUGGCUGAACAAAACAAUGGCCAGUAGGAGGAAAAGGGUACAUCAGCACUUUGACGAUCUUGAGCAAUGGUACUUUGACCUUCGACAGAAAGAAAUAAACAAUUCUAAAAAUACUAGCAAAGAACUAGACAUUGUGUCCCCAAACUCAGAAAAAACAAUCGACAAUGAGUCUGCUUGGCCGAGUUCUUCACAUGAUGGUCUUGGAGAAUUUACAGACAAUUUAUCCAAGUUCAUUCGCUUCAAUUCGUGCCGUCCACUUGCCACACUUAACUAUGCUAGUGACAUCUAUAACACUUCUAGUAUCGUCUCAAGUAUUGAAUUUGACAGGGACUGUGAUUUCUUUGCCAUAGCAGGGGUAACCAAGAAAAUAAAGGUCUUUGAGUAUUCAACAGUCAUACAAGAUGCAGUAGACAUGCAUUAUCCUGUUGGGGAAAUGGUGUGUAAUUCAAAAAUAAGUUGCGUGAUGUGGAGCUCUUACCACAAGAACAUCCUGGCGAGUUCAGACUACGAGGGCACAGUGACACUCUGGGAUGCAUUUGUUGCAACUAAAACUAAAACCUUCCAGGAACAUGAAAAAAGGUGCUGGAGUGUUGACUUCAAUCGCAUGGAUCCAAAGCUUAUAGCCUCAGGCUCAGACGAUGCAAAAGUGAAGCUUUGGUCAAUCAAUGCUGAACACAGUAUCGCAAGUCUUGAAGCUAAGGCCAACGUUUGCUGUGUCAAGUUCAAUCCUGAAAGCAGAUACCAUCUGGCUUUCGGAUCUGCAGAUCACUGUGUUCAUUAUUAUGAUCUACGACACACCAAACAAGCGCUCACUGUAUUCAAGGGCCAUAGAAAAGCAGUAUCAUACACUAAGUUUGCUAACCGUACAGAACUUGUAUCAGCUUCCACAGACAGCCAACUGAAGUUAUGGAAUGUUAACUCUCCACAAUGUAUAAGGACAUUCAAGGGACAUACAAACGAGAAAAACUUUGUGGGCCUCGCAUCAGAUGGAGAUUAUUUAGCGUGUGGCAGUGAGAAUAACUCCCUCUAUAUUUAUUACAAAGGACUAUCAAAGCAUCUGCUUACCUAUAAGUUUGAUACUGUAAGGAGUGUCCUGGAGAAAGAGAAGAAAGAGGAAGAUUCUAAUGAGUUUGUCAGUGCAGUAUGUUGGAGACCCGGCUCUAAUGUAUGUGUAGCAGCCAACAGCCAGGGAGUCAUUAAGGUUCUGGAGCUGAUUUGAAAAAAUCAUUGCAACACAGAGUGACUUGAAUAUGGGUUUAACUUGAGUACAAAUUGUACUUAGAGUUUGGCAGAUAUGAUCUAACUCGGGUACAGUACCUUGGUUACAAAUUUACCAGUUACCAAAACAGAGACUCAUACUUCAAUGGUCAAUUUGCCCUGAAUAGAAGACUAAUGAGUGUGUUGCAACAAUAUGGAUACAUCAUCCCUCAGGUAUUAAAUGAACUGAGCCAUAACCAGUAAUUGGACUAGUCCAACUUGGGGAGUGAAUCUGGGUCAUCUGCAUACAUCACCCCUUGAAGCAAAUUGACUAAUCCACAAUGACAAAUAGGAAGAGUUCAUUAUUAUUUGAUAGUGCAGGGAUGAUAAUUUUGAGUGGUCUUCACAAGAUGGUAUCAUUGAUGUGGAAUUACCAUUUUUAUCGCAGUUUCUCUCUGUCUCAA